UGCUUAUUCGCUACCUGGGUUGGUCGUACGCAUGGCUGGAUGCAUGCUCUGCUUAACUAGAGACUGUUGGGGCUAACAAUGACGUUGGAGUUUCACAAGAGAAUCAGAGUCUCCCUUGAGAGGUUGGCAUGCUAUGUGAUUUUCGGAGACAAUAGCAAGUUGCCCUGGGUUGGUGUAAAAUCGAUAGUUUGGUUUGGUUUAUCGUGCUGCGUCUGGCGCGUGCCAACUUGAUGACCAGUGAUAGUGCUGAGGCGCCCUGUCUUUGCUGUGUUUUCCAUCAUCACUUCUCUGUCCCACUGGAGGAUACUCUUUGCCCUCCCAGGCCGUCGUCUCGACCAUGAAAGAGCCCUUUUUGUCUUUACAUCUAUAGCAGCAGAUGGCUCACGUCAGAACAGAUAUUUGUGAUACGGUAUACCUACUAAUGUUUGGGGCGCCAUUAUACGAUCAGGUGGGGGAGAACUUACUUCCGGAACAAUCGCUCAAUCGCAAAGCAUUGCACAGGACUAUCCGGCUUGACGGGCUCUGUGAUUUCGCACUUGUACUGCAGCAUCUCGAGAAGUUCGCACCCAGAGAUCUCGACAUUAUUGACCCCUUUAUCCAAUUUGCGCUUCCGGCCGCUUAGGUUGGUCUGUACGCGCUCAGGAAGCUCUGAAGCGUGGAAGACUUGGCACGGAUAGCCCAUUGUCAAGAACGCCCAAGAUCGUACUGAACUGAACGAUCGGCAUCCAAGUAAAAGGGCCCCUAGCAAGUUCAGCUUUCGGGGUCUCGGAAUGGAGACAGCGACGGGGAGUCGGUUGUUAGGUGAGGUUGUUGAGAUGAGCCUCGAAGACGUCCUUCGAAGCUUGCGCUCUUCACUCCCUGCAGACCCCAAUCGCUUGAGCAGUCCGGAUCAGGUCCCGCAUCAGACUCACAUCCUGCCAAACAAACUUACGCAUAUAUCAGAACUUGAUGAGAUCACAGCAGCUCACUUUCAUGCCACAAAAUCUGCCGGUCUCGGCAUAUCUGGCCGUCAUCUGCCACUGCUAUACAGGCUCAUAUCAAAUCUCAUCACCCCUCCGCACCUUUACGCCAUUCUGGUCAUCGAUACUGAAGGCCGUUUUGAUGCCACGCGCCUGACUUGUUCGCCAUCUCAUUUGCAACAUGUCUACGUCCACCGCCCAGUAAGAAGUGACCCAGACAAUGCUCGUGCUCUCGUGGCCGAUGCAGAGGACAUUCUUCUCUAUGGAAGUGUCGCAAAAGCGAGUGCCGGUCGCGAAUGGUGGGGGACUGUCGUUGUGGGUGGUGUUGGAGCUGGUGAUAUCACAACAGGCUGGAAGGGAUGGCUACGUAUUGAUCGCGAGAGCGUCCGUGGCUUUGCACCGGGCAUCAGCGCAGAGGAAGCUUUGGACCACAAGAGGCAGAGACAAGAUAUUGUCGAUGCAGCUGGCUGGGCUGCUACCUCGCAGUGGGGAAGUUUUGUCUUCAGAGAGGCUGAUGAGAAAGUGUCGGAAGAGGAUGCGGAUCCAGAGCAACCCUUGGGUAUUGUUGAGUGAGACGAGAGCGCCCGAGACUGAAUGAAUAAAGUUUCGAAUUGCUAAAGAAUCAGCUGCUUCAGACUUAUAUUCACGUUGACAUUGAACAGUGCAGCUCAAAGUCAUCAAGAACACCAUAUAUGAGGUCACAGGCGAGCCAUCCAGGAGAUUGACUGGAAAGCACAGUGACAUUGUGAAGGUCAGAUCUCAAUGUGACGCCAGCAGAGGCACUUCAUCAGGUAUGGGGACCGAGACGAACUUCAGUCGUGAAUAUGGACAUGAGUCGACUUCCUGCCGGACACGAGUUGUUAAUCAAGUUAGUGGAGUGGAGCAAUGGAUGGAUGUGUCGAACAAAGUCUCAAUGUUUAUCAGGGCGGGGGGCAGGCAUUGCACCAUGUUCUAUUCCUCAAAUACACUGGAUGGACCAUAUGCUCUUGUGCCGAGUGUUUGUCAUGCGAUUUAUUUCAACUGAUUAUCAUUCAACUGUCUAUGUUGAGUCAAAAUGCUUUAUUCGGUGGUAUAUGAGUUGGUCACUUCGUAAAAUACUACCUGAAGAUGUUGUAAGAGCCUUGAUUUUCUUUCUAUCUUUUUGCUGUUCUAUGGGAUUUGAUGUGAUGCUCAUCAGGGUAUAGUAUGGUGGUGCAUCAAAGAAGGUAAGAAUCUAGCUAGAUAUGACGAAAAGCCUCGAAACCAGAA